AUGCCUGUCGUCAUCAAGCCUCCGCCUGGAACGCCUGGCAAAGCAUGGCCGGCCAUUGCAGUUGGCUUGUUCGUGGCCUUUGGAGGUGUGUUGUUUGGAUAUGACACUGGAACGAUUGGUGGCAUUUUGGCGAUGCCAUAUUGGCUUAAGACGUUUUCUACCGGAUACACCAACCCAAAGACCGGCGGACCUGGUAUCACCUCCAGCCAGCAGUCAGAGAUCGUAUCACUUCUCUCUGCCGGUACAUUCUUCGGCGUGAGUAAUCCUUUGGGGAGUACAUACAGUUGUGGUGGAGCUAGCAGUGUCUCAAAACUGCUUGAUCGUCUCGUACAAACGACAGCACGCACGACAGCACCCCAACAAGGUGUCGCCGGGCGGGACUGA